UAUACCUUAAAUAUUUAAAUUUUAAAUUUAAGAAUAGGAAAUAAUUUAUUUAAUAAAAAAAAAUAUAGAAAAAUCAAAUAUAAUAGUUUUUUAACAUAAUUUGUGAAAUUUAACAUUUAUAAUUAAAAUAAAGCAGAAAAACAAAACCAGAAGAAGAUUCAAGAACCAGAACAGUUGAUAUAUGUACAUAUAUUCUUAAUUUAUUUAAUAUAUACAAAAUUAUAUUAUUGACAGCACUACUACAUAUAAGUACCAACUACCUAUAUAACAAAAAAAAAUAAAUAAAUAAAUUAUAAAAGAGGAAAUACCUACCAUACCAUUUUCAAAUUAAAUACAAGUUGUAUAUAUGAAUAGUGGUAUAUAAAAUAAAAGACUAUAAUAUAAUUCUGGCAAAAAUUUUUAAUCAAUUAAAAUUGGUCAAUGACGCGAAAAAAUGGUUAUAGUUACGAGGGGUGACUACAUCUGGAUUGAACCGUCAACAGGGCGAGAAUUCGAUGUGGCAAUCGGAGCUCGUGUUAUAUCGGCUGAAGGAAGACGUAUACAAGUGCGUGAUGAUGAUGGCAAUGAAGUAUGGUUGUCGCCUGAAAGGCGAAUUAAAGCAAUGCACGCAUCCUCCGUUCAUGGAGUUGAGGACAUGAUAUCAUUAGGUGAUUUACAUGAAGCAGGCAUAUUAAGAAAUCUUUUAAUUCGCUAUAAUGAAAAUAUUAUUUAUACGUACACCGGUUCAAUAUUGGUUGCUGUCAAUCCAUAUCAAAUAUUACCUAUUUAUACAGCCGAUCAAAUUAAAUUGUACAAAGAACGUAAAAUUGGUGAAUUACCACCCCAUAUAUUUGCAAUUGGUGAUAAUGCAUACGCUAACAUGAAACGUUAUCGUCAAGAUCAAUGCAUUGUAAUAUCUGGUGAAUCUGGAGCUGGCAAAACAGAAAGCACAAAAUUAAUUUUACAAUAUUUAGCAGCAAUCUCUGGUAAACAUUCAUGGAUUGAACAACAAAUUUUAGAAGCAAAUCCAAUACUAGAAGCUUUUGGCAAUGCAAAAACUGUUCGAAACGAUAACUCCUCCAGGUUUGGCAAAUAUAUCGAUAUCCAUUUUAGUGCAAAUGGUGUUAUUGAAGGUGCUAAAAUAGAACAAUAUUUAUUAGAAAAAUCUCGAAUUGUAUCACAGAAUCAUCACGAACGUAAUUAUCACAUAUUUUAUUGUUUACUAGCUGGUUUAUCGAAUGAUGAGAAAAGAAGGUUAGAGUUAGAAACAGCAUCCGAAUAUAAGUAUUUAACAGGCGGCAAUAGUAUACAGUGUGAAGGCAGAGAUGAUGCUGCAGAGUUUUCUGAUAUUAGAUCAGCAAUGAAAGUGCUUCUUUUUUCUGAUCAAGAAAUAUGGGAAAUAAUAAAACUAUUAGCAGCACUUUUACACUGUGGUAAUAUACAAUAUCGUGCAACAGUUGUUGAUAAUCUGGACGCAACCGAAAUACCAGAACAUGUGAAUGUUGAACGCGUUGCUGUAUUGCUAGGUUUACCAAUGCAGCCGUUAAUUGAUGCUUUAACACAAAAAACUUUAUUUGCUCAUGGUGAAACCGUUAUAUCAACAUUAUCUAGAGAUCAAUCAGUUGAUGUUCGUGAUGCUUUUGUUAAAGGGAUUUAUGGUCGACUUUUUGUUUACAUAGUCAAAAAAAUUAAUAGUGCAAUAUAUAAACCUCGUGCUGUAGCACGUAAUUCUAUUGGAGUUUUAGAUAUUUUUGGUUUUGAAAAUUUCGAUCAAAAUAGUUUUGAACAAUUUUGUAUUAACUAUGCUAAUGAAAAUCUUCAACAAUUUUUCGUCCGUCAUAUAUUUAAAUUAGAACAAGAAGAAUAUAAUCAUGAAGCUAUUAAUUGGCAACACAUCGAGUUCGUUGAUAAUCAAGAUGCUUUAGAUUUAAUAGCAAUAAAACAGUUGAAUAUUAUGGCUUUAAUUGAUGAGGAAGCUAAAUUCCCGAAAGGAACAGAUCAAACAAUGUUAGCAAAAUUACAUAAAACUCAUGGAGCGCAUAGAAAUUAUUUAAAACCUAAAUCUGAUAUUAAUACCAGUUUUGGAAUGAACCAUUUUGCUGGAGUAGUUUUUUAUGAUACUCGUGGAUUUCUUGAAAAGAAUAGAGAUUCAUUUAGUCCAGAUUUAUUGCAAAUAGUUAGUGUAUCGACAAAUAAAUUUUUAAAACAUAUUUUUGCCAACGAUAUUGAAAUGGGAGCCGAAACAAGAAAACGAACUCCAACAUUAUCAACUCAGUUCAAAAAGAGUCUGGAUGCUUUAAUGAAAACUCUAGGAUCAUGUCAACCAUUCUUUAUUCGUUGUAUAAAACCGAAUGAAUUUAAAAGGCCGAAUUUAUUUGAUCGGACUUUAUGUUGCCGUCAGCUAAGAUAUUCCGGUAUGAUGGAAACAAUUCGUAUUCGGCGAGCAGGUUAUCCAAUAAGACAUGGUUUUCGGGAGUUUGUUGAACGUUAUCGUUUUUUAAUUCCUGGUAUACCACCAGCUCAUAAGACUGAUUGUCGCCAUGCGACAUCGAGAAUUUGCUCAAUUGUUUUAGGAAAAACUGAUUAUCAAUUAGGACACACGAAAGUGUUUUUAAAGGAUGCACAUGAUUUAUUUUUAGAACAAGAAAGGGACCGUGUUUUAACGAGAAAAAUUUUGAUAUUACAACGUUCAAUAAGAGGAUGGGUAUAUAGAAGGAGAUUUUUAAAAAUGAAAACUGCAGCUAUUAUAAUUCAAAGGUAUUGGAAAGGCUAUGCACAGCGUCAACGUUAUAAGCAAAUGCGUGUAGGUUUAAUGCGACUACAAGCAUUGAUCAGAUCUAGAGUACUUAGUCAUCGUUUUAGACAUCUUCGAGGACAUAUAGUAGGAUUACAAGCACACGCUAGAGGAUAUUUAGUCAGGAGAGAAUAUGGGCAUAAAAUGUGGGCUGUUAUUAAAAUUCAAUCACAUGUAAGACGUAUGAUAGCAAUGAGACGUUAUGCUAAAUUACGAGAAGAUUACCGACAAUAUAAUGAAGUUCUGCGACUGCGAAAACUGGAAGAACAAGAAUUGAAGCACCAAGGUAAUAAGCAUGCUAAAGAAAUUGCUGAACAACACUAUAGAGAUCGUCUCAAUGAAUUGGAACGUAAGGAAAUAGAAAAAGAAAUGGAGGAGCGACGUCGUGUCGAAGUUAAAAAAAAUAUUAUCAACGAUGCUGCCAGAAAGCAAGAGGAACCAGUUGAUGACAGUAAAUUGGUCGAAGCAAUGUUUGAUUUUCUUCCAGAUUCAAGUAGUGAAGCUCCAACACCUCAUGGAAGGGAAACAUCAAUUUUCAAUGAUUUACCACAACACAAUAAUUCAUUGAACAGCGAUGAAGUUAUAGGUCCAAUUCAUGUUUCCGAAGAUGAAGAGGAUUUGUCUGAAUUCAAGUUCCAAAAAUUUGCUGCCACAUAUUUUCAAGGCAAUGUUACACAUCAAUAUUCAAGGAAACCUUUGAAACAUCCUUUACUUCCUCUUCACACACAAGGUGAUCAAUUAGCUGCUCAAGCACUAUGGGUUACUAUUUUAAGAUUUACCGGGGAUUUGCCGGAACCACGCUAUCAUACUAUGGAUCGUGAUAAUACCUCAGUAAUGUCCAAAGUUACAGCUACUUUAGGUAGAAAUUUUAUUCGAAGUAAAGAAUUUCAAGAAGCGCAAAUGAUGGGUUUAGACCCAGAUGCAUUUUUGAAACAAAAACCACGUUCAAUUCGACAUAAACUAGUCUCAUUAACACUUAAGCGAAAAAAUAAACUUGGUGAAGAUGUUCGGAGACGUCUGCAAGACGAAGAAUAUACGGCUGAUAGUUACCAAUCAUGGCUAGAAUCGCGUCCAACAUCGAAUUUGGAAAAGUUGCAUUUUAUUAUUGGUCAUGGUAUUUUAAGAGCCGAACUUAGAGAUGAAAUUUAUUGUCAAAUAUGCAAACAGCUCACAAAUAAUCCUUCAAAAUCAUCACACGCUAGAGGUUGGAUUCUUUUAUCCCUUUGUGUUGGUUGUUUUGCACCAUCUGAAAAGUUUGUAAGUUAUUUAAGGGCAUUUAUUCGCGAAGGACCACCAGGUUAUGCGCCAUAUUGCGAAGAAAGAUUAAAAAGAACUUUUAACAAUGGAACUAGAAAUCAACCACCUUCUUGGCUAGAAUUACAAGCAACAAAAUCCAAAAAACCAAUAAUGCUACCAAUAACUUUUAUGGAUGGUAAUACAAAAACGCUUUUAGCAGAUUCAGCAACAACAGCAAGAGAACUUUGUAAUCAAUUAUCAGAUAAAAUAAAUUUAAAAGAUCAGUUUGGAUUUUCAUUAUACAUUGCACUUUUCGACAAAGUUUCUUCAUUGGGCAGCGGUGGCGAUCAUGUAAUGGAUGCAAUAUCACAAUGUGAACAAUAUGCUAAGGAACAAGGUGCACAAGAACGUAAUGCACCAUGGCGUUUAUUUUUCAGAAAAGAGAUUUUCGCACCAUGGCAUGAUCCUACAAAUGAUCAAGUUGCUACUAAUUUAAUAUAUCAACAAGUUGUACGUGGCGUUAAAUUUGGUGAAUAUCGUUGUGAUAAGGAAGAAGACUUAGCUAUGAUUGCAGCACAACAAUAUUUUAUAGAAUAUGGAACAGAUUUAUCAAUGGAUCGUUUAUUUACAUUAUUACCAAAUUUUAUACCAGAUUAUUGUUUAACUGGUGUUGAGAAAGCCAUGGAUCGAUGGGCAGCUUUAGUGUUACAAGCAUAUAAAAAGAGUUAUUAUGUUAAAGAAAAAGUAAUUCCGUUAAAAAUUAAAGAAGAUAUAGUUAGUUAUGCUAAAUAUAAAUGGCCAUUAUUAUUUUCAAGAUUUUAUGAAGCUUAUAGAAAUUCAGGACCAAAUCUUCCAAAAAAUGAUGUUAUUAUUGCUGUUAAUUGGACUGGAGUUUAUGUUGUUGACGAUCAAGAACAAGUUUUGUUAGAAUUAUCAUUUCCAGAAAUUACAGCUGUUUCAAGUCAAAAAACCAAUAAAGUGUUCACUCAAACAUUUAGUUUAUCAACAGUACGAGAUGAAGAAUUUACAUUUCAAAGUCCAAAUGCUGAAGAUAUUAGGGAUUUGGUAGUCUAUUUUCUCGAAGGAUUAAAGAAAAGAUCAAAAUUUGUGAUAGCUCUACAAGAUUAUAGGGCACCUGGAGAAGGCACAAGCUUUUUAUCAUUUCUUAAAGGUGAUCUUAUAAUAUUAGAAGAAGAUUCAACUGGUGAAACUGUACUAAAUAAUGGAUGGUGUAUAGGAAGAUGUGAACGUACACAAGAACGUGGUGAUUUCCCAGCUGAAACAGUUUAUGUAUUACCAACAUUAACAAAGCCACCAUCAGAUAUAUUAGCAUUAUUUAAUGCUGAUGAAGCAUCACAUGGACGUCGUUUAAGUAUGGUAUCAAAUGGUGUUACAGAACCAAGAGAUAGACCACAUAAUUUAGCUGAAUAUGCAUUAGAUCAUUUUAGAUUACCACCAAAAAGAACAAUGUCAAAAACAUUAACAUUAACAGCAAAACGUAAUCCAGAUGAGAUUUGGAGAUAUUCAAGAGAUCCAAUUAAAGCUCCAUUAUUAAGAAAAUUACAAAGUAAAGAAGAGUUAGCUGAAGAGGCGUGUUUUGCAUUUGCAGCUAUUUUAAAAUAUAUGGGAGAUUUGCCAUCGAAAAGACCAAGAAUGGGUAAUGAAAUAACUGAUCAUAUAUUUGAAGGACCAUUAAAACAUGAAAUAUUACGAGAUGAAAUUUAUUGUCAAAUAAUGAAACAAUUAACAGAUAAUAGAAAUCGUUUAUCUGAAGAACGUGGUUGGGAAUUAAUGUGGUUAGCAACGGGUCUUUUUGCAUGCAGUCAAAGUUUAUUAAAAGAAUUAACAUUAUUUUUACGAUCAAGACGUCAUCCAAUAUCACAAGAUUCAUUACAUCGUUUACAAAAAACCAUACGCAAUGGUCAACGUAAAUAUCCACCACACCAAGUUGAGGUUGAAGCAAUACAGCACAAAACAACACAAAUUUUUCAUAAAGUAUAUUUUCCUGAUGAUACUGAUGAAGCAUUUGAAGUUGAUUCAUCAACAAGAGCAAAAGAUUUCUGUCACAAUAUAGCACAACGUCUAAAUUUACGUUCAAGUGAAGGUUUCAGUUUAUUUGUUAAAAUUGCUGAUAAAGUGAUAUCGGUGCCGGAAGGUGAUUUUUUCUUUGAUUUUGUUAGACAUUUAACUGAUUGGAUUAAAAAAGCUCGACCAAUACGUGAUGGUACUAAUCCACAAUUUACAUAUCAAGUAUUUUUUAUGAAAAAAUUAUGGACAAAUACUGUUCCUGGUAAAGAUCGUAAUGCUGAUUUAAUAUUUCAUUAUCAUCAAGAAUUACCAAAAUUAUUAAGAGGUUAUCAUAAAUGUUCAAGAGAAGAAGCAGCAAAAUUGGCUGCAUUAGUAUAUAGAGUUAGAUAUGGUGAAAAUAAACAAGAAUUGGCAUCAAUACCGCAAAUGCUUAGAGAACUUUUACCAUCAGAUUUAUUAAAAAUGCAAAGUUCAAGUGAAUGGAAAAGAGCUAUUGUAGCAUCAUAUAACCAAGAUGCUGGUAUGAGUUCGGAUGAUGCCAAAAUUACAUUCCUCAAAAUAGUUUAUAGGUGGCCAACUUUCGGUUCAGCUUUCUUUGAAGUAAAACAAACGACAGAACCAAAUUAUCCAGAAAUGCUUUUAAUAGCUAUUAAUAAACAUGGUGUUAGUUUAAUUCAUCCCCAUACCAAGGAUAUACUUGUUACACAUCCAUUUACACGUAUAUCUAAUUGGUCAUCGGGUAACACAUAUUUUCAUAUGACAAUUGGAAAUUUAGUACGCGGCUCGAAAUUAUUAUGUGAAACAUCUUUAGGUUACAAAAUGGAUGAUUUACUCACAUCUUAUAUAUCAUUAAUGUUAAUAAAUAUGAAUAAAAAUAGAACGAUAAGAGCAAAUUAAAAGAAUAAAAUUAAUAAUUUUUUUUCUUUGUUUAAAAGAAUUCGAAUUAAUCAUGUAAUUUUGCAUUGUUUUGUUUUUUUUUCUCCUAUGCUUUAUAAAUGAAAAUUUUACAACGUUUUAUUUUUUAUGUAUAUGCGAACAAAGUACUUAAAUAUAAAAAUUAAUAAAACAAAAUAAAAAAUUUAAGAAAAUAUUUACAUUUUUGUA